UGUAGACGUGAUGUGCUGUGCGUCUGUGAGGCGCUCAAGAAGAUUUGCUUCGGGAACGAAAACAAGGUGCAGUUAUUACUGAAAUGAAGGUGAUUCUGGAGAAACGGUGAAUUCCAAGGCAGACUCUGUGAGUCUCAACUCUAGAGUGAUUUGAGAUAAGUCUGUGCCAAACCAUAAGAGGAAAAACUGUUUCAUCAUGAUAGAUCUGAGCCACCUGACCGAGGAGGAGCAGGCGAUGAUCAUGGUGGUUUUAAAAAGGGACACCGAACUGAAGAAAUCAGAAGAGGAACGAAUCAAACAAGUGCAGAAAGUGGUUUCUGAGGAAGACAGACGCAAGUAUAUGACAGGAGAAUGGUUCUACGAGGUGAAGUCACAGAGACACCAGGACAGAAUUCAUGGAUCUGACAUUAUCAUAGCAUCAAUGAAGCAAACGAAACCUGCAGUUGUUGAGUAUUUAACCAAGUCGUGGGGUGGAAGAUCCAGUAGUGUCAGUAGGAAGAAUAGUGAAGGCAUCAUGACACCUAAACAAGCUACAGUGUCCUCAGAUCAACCAAAGGAGAGGGAAAACAGUGACACGUCAGAGGUCCAGCAAGAGAGACUGAACAUUGGCAUGAGAUCACCAUGCGAGCCAAGGCACAACCCAUUCAAAAGUAUUCCAAUGGAGCUUGAUUUUGAGGAGACUAACAGCCCAUUUACCUCUGGAGCAUCAGGAUCUGGACUCAGGAAAUCUUUCCACAGAAGCUCUGAUUCACAAGUAAAAGUUCAGGAAGAAAGUCACAUAGAAGAUAAUACUGAGGUCUAUAACAUCAUAAACAACAGAGCCCCUUGUCAAAAGCCUGUGCCAAAGAAAAGGACCAAAAUCUACAAACCCCAGAGCUCUGUCUCAGACAGUGACAGCUCUGUGUCCACCCAGUGUACUUCCACCACAGCAGGACCAGGAAUCAGGUCUCCCCAACCAAGUGGUAUCCUCAAAUACACCUCCAGCUGCAGUUCCAAUGAGUCCGCUCUCAAGAGCCAACUACCACAACCAGUUAAAACUCAAUAUGUUCACAAAAACAGCAGUCCAGAAAAGGAUUCUAUAAAGACUAGAUUUAUUCUGGAAAGCACAGAGAAAUCUGGUAACAAAACACAAAACAAAGAGCCACUUAAGUCCCUGUCACCUUUGAAGUUGCCAAAAUCACGUUUACCAGUGAGAGCCUCAUCGCAACUUUUUGACCCUCCACAGGCCAUACAAGAGAAACCAAAGAUCCAACCACGUCUCAGUCUGAGCUCAUCUGUGGCAUCAGAGGGCAAAAAUAAAGAAACCGUUUAUCUUCCUCAUGAGAAUGCAAGUUCUGCAUUGAUCACAAACUCUGAAAAGCUGUUGGAUGCCCCUCAACCUAUACAGCACAAGUCUGAGAAAGUGGACACUCAUAUGACUCAGUUUCCAAAUAUGGAAAAGGCGAGAGUAGAAGAACAUCUCAGGACUGCUGUUGAUGAGAAAUUUCCCAGCGCCCUCUACACAGCAAGUACAUCCAACAAGGCUGAUGUUUAUACUGAUUGUGAGACUGACAGCAGCUCCCCUGUGUUCAAUAUAAUAAGCAAGAAUACUAACUUAAAGCAAGAAGAUGCCAAACUGGCUGUCAUGACAGACUGUCAUAUUCCCAAGCCUAAUGAUGAACAAGGAAAUUCCAUCACCAAAGUCCUUGAGUGGUUUAGCAGGAGUACAGACAGCAGUGAUCUGCUUGAUUUAGAGACUAAUGAUCAGGACAUGGAGGAGGAUACAAAUAUCGAUGACAUAGACUUUGAAGAUGAAGUUAAUCUAAAAGCCAAAACAAAGGAUAAUGUGUACAUGAUCAUGCCACGCCAAAGUAAAGUCAUCAAAUCAUCAGAAGUGGAUGCAAUAUUUCUAGAAGAGAAAGGCUAUGGAAUGAAACAGAAUGUUGAUGAGCCUUUCAAGAAUGCUCUAAAGAAAAGAUCUGAAUCCACUUUUCAUAAAGAAUCUCUCAUCAAGAAGCCUUCUAUUGACUCAUUAAUUCCAAACGAUGUCACAAAACAGCCAGAAGCUAAUAUUUUGGUUGCUGGAAAAGUUACUCAAAAUAAGAAAGAAACUGAGGCUUUUAUCAAGAGGGAGGAAGAGACCAUAGUAAACCUGGAAAACACUGACAUCAAACUCAAUCAACAUCAACCAAAAGAGAGAACAUGUGUUGAAGAGAACCAGCCCCCAAAACAUAGUAAUUUGAAAUCAUUCUGGGAGAAAAAAAACAUUGGUCCGAAGGUUUUAAUAAGCAGAUCUAAUGUACCAGCUAAGAAUGAACCCCUAAUCCCUAGUGAUGUGAGUGGAAAGCCAACUGAAGGUGUUGAGGACCAACAGAAAGCUGAACAGAGCUUGAGAGCAAAAUCUCCAGAACAUAAGAAAAAUGAGUCAAUAAACAUUGAGGACAUUUUAGACCUUGAGUUUGUAGGGAGUACUAACACAAACCACAAGUCUCAAGCACCAAUUGCUACAGAUCAUUCAAAAGAUGUAAAUCCACCAUUGAACAAUCAGAAGAAAGAACAAAUACUUGAAAGUGCGCCCUCUGUCAAAGAAGUUCGCUCUCUUCCACAGUUAAAAUCAUCUUCGCUUGAUAGUGGAUCCUUGAUAGCUGGUCAAAACAGUGAAAGCAUGGGAGACACCGUUAGCAUAAGCAGCAGUGAUGGACAUCCCAUCUCUCCUAAGGAAUUAGAGGUUAAAUCUAGAGCUGCACCGAGACCAAAUCCAGUGUCUCUUGUUAAGCAGAAUUCCCAGCAACAAGAGAAAAUGGCAGAGAGGAUCAAACAACUUAAGUCCUUCUGGGAGAGAGAAACAUUGAAACCUAGAACAUAUGUCAAAUCAGCUGCAGUUAAAAAUAUAUCCUCAAUGACUUCUGCUGCUAGGUUAAAUAAAAGAUUUACAAAGUCUGAGUUUGAUCUCAGAUCAAUAGGUACCGAGUUUGAGGAGGAUCUUGAGGACAAUACUUCUGAUAGAGGCAGAAUGUCCCCUAAUUUCUCAUUAAGAAAGGAUAAGCCCAAUGUGACUGAUGGUAUGAGCAUUUCUCAGUUUAAGAACCUGCAAGACUUCUGGGGCGCAUCACCUACAAAGCAGCUUGGACAAAGGUCACCCAUUAUUGAAAGUGGAAUUCAGAGAUCCUUAAGCCCACAUAGCAAAACAACUGAUAUAUCCAAAGAGACAUGCUUACUAUCCUGCAUAGAUGCGACAUCACAUACAAGUGAAAAUGUUUAUAAUAUCCAAUCAGAGAGAGCUAGUGUCAAAGCCUAUGCAAAUCAGAGCCAAAGUACCAAAACAUCCUUGUUGUCAUCACCAGCCAAGACAGAGAGUGCUGUCCAAUCUCCUUCAAAGAAAAGGAUUACUACAAGACAGGAAUCUGGCUCAAUCAAUGAUCAAUCACAUGUGGUCUCAGGUGAAGCAAUAUUGCAUGAAUUGUCUUAUUCCCCCCAGCCACAGAAUGUCUCUCAGACAUCUUCAAAAAAAACAAUGCCACUUAAAUCCACCAUAGGUCAAGAGUCACAACCUCAGCAGAGCAGAAGAAGCAGCAAAGGCAGUCUUAACGGAAAAGCCAGUUCCAUGCGACGGGCCUCCAGCAUGUUUUCUGUGAACUCUGUGGUGGAUGAGCAAAGCCAGGGCAUACGUCUUCAGUCCAAGAAGGGUUCCAAUCUGCACCAGGUCAAGAGGCCAACAGAAAGUAGCCUAGCACAGUUAAGGAAAACACAGGAUGCUAGCUUUACACUGGCAAAAACAUCCCCAGAAAUCUCUCAAGACGGAGAUAAAAUCACUCCAAGACCAUCUCGUACUUCUGAGGAUUCUGACUCUCAGCCUCUUGCCAGAUCCUUUAUUCCACCUGAUUACCAGCAUUACCUUGGAAUCACAGAGGACAGAAGCAUCUACACUCCACCUCCAGUAAGAGAGCAGGUUGAUGACUUAAUUUGCACAUCAUUUACAACAUCUCCAGAGACAAGUCACAGUUGUAAAUGUCCCCUUGUGAGAACCAGUACUCCAGUACAGGGUUCACCUGAUCUUCAAACCAGGAAAGGGAGCCUGGGACUCCACUCUUCCACACAAAUCGAUGGAGAUGCCAGUCGUGAAGACUCAGAGAGCAGUGCAUCAGACACCUUGUCCGGUACAAAGGGGAAUUCGAACCGUGAUAUUGAGAAUCCUGUUCAGAGAGCUUUGAAGCGGGCUGCAUCUAGACCUGUGUACCAUAAGAGCAUGGAAGAUAUCAGCAGUCUUCCUAGACAAGACCAAAGAAUCAAACCAACUCAUGACUCCAUGCAGGGCAAUUAUGAUGUCUCUAGCACACUUGUCCAGACCUCCUUCUCCACAGCAGACACGGAACACCUGAAGCAACUCAGCAAAUCAGUGCCCUCGUUUCUUCAGAAAGAGAGUGAUGGAGGAGAGAGUGACUCAGAGAGCAGUUUGCACAGCAGCGUGCAACAGAGAAAUAACAUACAAUUCUCCAACCUCAGCAACUACUCUGGUUCUGCCUCACUCUCAUCUGUUAACAGCAGUGUUGCAAGUGUUUACAGCAGUGACUACAGCAGUCUUGAAGUUCAAGGGAACAUCCAAUUUUCGCUGAACUAUGUGCAAAGGUUGCGGGAGUUCCACAUCUUUGUCGUUCAGUGCCAAAAUCUGGCAGCAGUGGACACAAAGAGGAAUCGAUCUGACCCGUAUGUUAAAAGUUACCUCAUACCUGACUCUGCCAAUCUGGGAAAAAGAAAAACUGCUGUGAAAAAGAGAACUCUGAAUCCUACAUACAAUGAGAUACUUAGGUACAGAGUCCGAAUGGAGUACCUAAAAUCCCAGAUUCUCAACCUUUCAGUGUGGCACAAUGACACAUUUGGCCGAAACGGUUUCUUGGGUAAGAUAGAGCUUGAUCUUUCUUCAUGGGAUUCUAACGACACCGAGAGGAAGUUUUUGCCUCUGAAACCAAGGAAUCUCUCCUAUCAGACCAUAAGUAGCCUUCAGCCCUCUGACUUCAGAGCACAUAUGAAACUUGCCAUACGCUUCCUGCCUCACAUCACCCACUCUAAGAAUGUUCCAGGUUCAGGUGAAGUGCAUAUCUGGGUCAAAAACUGCAAGAAUCUCCCACUGAUCAGAAGUCCAUCUAUCGACCCAUAUGUAAAAUGCUUUGUACUUCCUGACACCAGCAAAAAGAGUCGUCAGAAAACUCGGGUCCUGAAGAGGACAAUUAACCCCAUAUUUAAUCACACCAUGGUGUAUGAUGGCUUUAGGACAGAGGACCUGAAAGAGGCCUGUGUGGAGCUUACAGUUUGGGACCGCGACCUUCUAGCUAAUCACCUGCUCGGAGGCAUAAGACUCAGCAUGGGCACAGGCAGGAGUUAUGGAGAACAAGUGGGCUGGAUGGACUCUACAGCAGAAGAGGUGGCUUUAUGGAGCAGAAUGAUGGAGUCACCUAAUGAAUGGGUUGAAGACAUGUUACCACUGAAGCAAAUAAUGUCGCUCAAAAACCCAUAGAAAUUAGAUUCAUGUAAACAACAGAGUUUAUUAAAGAUGUACUAUUUUUAAAGUACAUCAAUAAAAUUAUAUUUCUCCACAUUUAAUAUAUUGCAUUUAUAAUAAUUUAUAAUAGAUUAGGUUUUUGCCAUUACUCAAACACAAAUGUGUUUUUAUCUGAUUCAUAACAUUUGAUAUUAAGAAAAUCAUUUGAAUAAAUCAGACAAAGCCAUCUUUGGUUAUCCUUAAUUACAGAAGCUGUGGAGGUGCCGGGUUUGUGACAAAUGUGCUUUAAAAAGAUUUACAUCUAAAUAAAUGAAUGGACUUGAAAAAUAUUUGUAGAAUGAUUUACUCACAUGAGACUCCUUUCAUAUAUCAAAACAAAAAAAAAAAAAGAAGGGGAAAGGCCUCGAAAAGGUUUUGUAUUCCCCGCUUUUGUAUCCCCUCUUUUAGUGGCCACCUUGUUAAAAUUACACAAACACAUUACCUCCGUAACCCCACUAAUAUUGGAUGCAUUUAAAGGUGCUGUAAGCGACUGUAAGCGAUGGAAUGGUGUGAAGAAAAUGUUCCUUCUCCCUGAAAGAAAUCACUGAAAAUCACUGAAAUAAGUGUCCUGAGAUCAUGGCCGUAUUAAGGUUCCAUGGAGCCCUGGGGCUCACCGAUCCGUGGGUUGGGGAGGGGGGUGCUUUCGCUAUUGCUCACUGUCUCCUGCUAAAUGUAUUUAUAUGCACAAAUGCUGCUGGGGGAGAAACGGGUGGUGAAUGUUGUGAAUGAGCGCUAUUUCACUAUUGUUGUGUUUGGCAACCGUGAGAAAAAGCAGUGCUACUCUACUGUUCGGUGUUGGUCUCAACACUAUGUUUGGAGGGUGGUGUUUUGGAAAAAGGGGGCAUGUCUCAUUCAACAGCUCAAUCAUGUGGAAGUUCCAUAACGGUUAAAAUCGCUUUCAGCACCUUUAACACCUUUAAUGCACAGGCUAAUUUCUACCGUGGUAUUCAGUUACAAAAAAUGUAUGUUGUACCCAGACCCAGAGAUGGAUUAGUAGUCAAGGGCCCCUGGGCACUGGCCCCAUUGGUCAUUAAUCUGUCCAUGCCCACACCGAUAGGUGUAAAAACACAGUCAAAUCAGCCAGUGAAACAUAAACAAAAAAAUCACAUUGUGUGUCUUAGAGGUGCUAAAAGUUAUUUUAGCCAUACUACUUCCAAGUGAUUAUCCGCUGAAUUGGCCACAGCUCCUCUUUCCAAAAUCCUGCACAUCAAAGAUACCGAUACUGUUCAGACUGACACCGAACAGUAAAGAGGCAUUGGUGCAUGUUCCCACAUUUGUCAAACACAACAGUAGAAAAAUAAUGCCCUCAACGGACUACUAUUACGAAUCAAAAUAUGGCAUGAAACCUUAAUGAUUUGCUUCAACUACAACACUAAGAACGUGAAAAAUCAUUGACAGGCAAAAGCCCAAAGACAUAUUUUUGUUUGCGGUUUACAAUGUCUAGUGCUGUCAUACAAACCGGUGCGAUAUCUCACACUUAUUUGAUUAAUAUCUUUUAGGAAGUAUGAACAUUUUCUAUAAAACAGAAUGCCCCAAUGUACGUUACUGAAAUUAAAAAUAAGAAGAAACAACUAGUCCCAAUAUAAUUAAAUGCAAUGGGUCAUGCAGGAAAUUGUGGGAAGAUUAGGAACAUUCAUUAAUUUUAAGAAAGUGAAAUGUCAGAAUAAUAGUAGAGAGAAUAAUUUAUUUCAGUUUUUAUUCCUUUCAUCACAUUCCCAGUGGGUUAGAAGUUUACAUACACUUUGUUAGUAUUUGUUAGCAUUGCCUUUAGAUCGUAUAACUUGGGUCAAACAUUUUGGGUAGCCUUCCACAAGCGUCUCACAAUAAGUUCCUGGAAUUUUGUCCCAUUCCUCCAGACAGUACUGGUAUAACUGAGUCAGGUUUGUAGGCCUCCUUGCUCGAACACGCUUUUUCAGUUCUCAGAUUGAGAAAUCAUAUUGAGGUCAGGGCUUUGUGCUGGCCACUCCAAUACCUUGACUGUGUUGUCCUUAAGCCUUUUUGCCACAAAUUUGGAGGUAUGCUUGGGGUCACUGUCCAUUUGGAAGAACCAUUUGCGACCAAGCUUUAAAUUCCUGGCUGAUGUCUUGAGAUGUUGUUUAAAUAUAUCCAUAUAAUUUUUCUUCAUGAUGCCAUCUAUUUUGUGAAGUGCACCAGUCCCUCCUGCAGCAAAGCACCCCCACAACAUGAUGCUGCCACCCCCAUGCUUCACGGUUGGGAUGGUGUUCUUCAGCUUGCAAGCCUCACCCUUUUUCCUCCAAACAUAUCGAUGGUCAUUAUGGCCAAACAAUAACAUUUUUGUUUCAUUAGACCAGAGGACAUUUCUCCAAAAAGUAAGAUCUUUGUCCCCAUGUGCACAUUCAAACUGUAGUCUGGCUUUGUAUGGUGGUUUUGGAGCAGUGGCUUCUUCCUUGCUGAGCAGCCUUUCAGGUUAUGUCGAUAUAGGACUCGUGUUACUGUGGAUAUAGAUACUUGUCUACCUGUUUUCUCCAGCAUCUUCACAAGGUCCUUUGCUGUUGUUCUGGGAUUGAUUUGCUCUCUUUGCAUCAAACUACGUUAAUCUCUAGGAGACAGAAUGCAUCUCCUACCUGAGCGGUAUGAUGGCUGUGUGGUCCCAUGGUGUUUUUACUUGCAUACUAUUUUUUGUAUAGAUGAACGUGGUCCCUUCAGUCAUUUGGAAAUUGCUCUCAAGGAUGAACCAGACUUGAUUUCUUUUGAUUUUCCCAUGAUGUCAAGCAAAGAGAUACUGAGUUUGAAGGUCGGCCUUAAAAUACAUCCACAGGUACACCUCCAAUUCAGUACACCUCCUAUCAAAAGCUAAUUGGCUAAUUACCUAAGGGCUUGACAUCAUUUUCUGGAAUUUUCCAAGCUGCUAAAUGCACAGGUAACUUAGUGUAUGUAAACUUCUGACCCACUGGAAUUGUGUUAUACUCAAUUAAAAGUGAAACAAUCUGUCUGUAAACAAUUGUUGGAAAAAAAUUAUUUGUGUCAUGCACAAAGAGAUGUCCUAAACAACUUGCCAAAACUAUAGUUUGCUAAGAUGAAAUCAGUUUCAAAUAUAAAACAGAACACCCCAAUGUACGUUACUGAUAUUAAAAAUAAGAAGAAGCAUAACUAUGCCCAUAAAAUAUAAUAAAAUGUGAUGGGUCAUGCAGGGACUUCUGGGAAUGCUGGUUUUUUUUAACCAUAAUUUAUCAAUAACCGUAAACGUACAUGUAUUCUCUUGUUAAACAUAACAUACAUUUUUACCAUUUAUUUCACUGUAAAAUCCUACUUUUUACAUCUAAAAACAACAUUUUACAAAUAUUUUACCAGAAAAUUACAUGUAUUGUCUUUUUACCAGAUAAUGGUGUAUUGUCUUUUUACCAGAGCAUUUUUACACACCGUUUUACAUUCUUUUUUUUACUGUACCGUGCUACUGUGAAUAAGGUCUAUUCUAUGUAAUAACAUUCUGCUUCAGAAAUUGUGUCGCGAAAUAAGUUGGUGCCUAAAAUGUUAAAAUCCCCGGAUACAUAAGUCAGGCAUAUAGGGUAUCAUUAGAAAGCUUAAAAUCUGAACUUUUCAUAGAAUGCCAUACAUUUUUCAUUUAUGUUACAUAAAAUAACAAAAAAAGGGCUGAAAACAGCCAUGUCGGAAAAAAAAACUACCUAGAGGUAAUGUAGUAGAAAUUGUAAAAGUCUUUCACAUAGCACUUUAAUGGAUUAAUUAUUUAUCAAAUGAAAGCUCUCAUUC